AUGUUCGCCAAACAGGACAACCGCCUUGUCUUUAGCUAUGAUGCUGACAAGCUCUGGGUCGAGCCCUGGGGCAGGAACGCCCUCCGCAUCCGCGCGACUCAGCUGAACCAGAUGCCUUCGGAGAAUUGGGCUCUCGAAGGAUCAGCAGGUCCCUCCGCCGUCAUUGAGAUUGGCGAGAAGUCAAGCUCCUUGACCAACGGAGAGAUUAAGGCAGUCGUCACAGCCAAGGGCAAGUUGACCGUCUACGGCCAUGGCGGCAAGAUCAUCCUCGACGAAGCUGUUCGAAACCGCCGUGACGUCUUGGACCCAAAGUGCAGCGCAAUCGACAGAGAAGCUCGUGAAUUCCAGGCCAUCCCCGCCACGAACGACUACCACAUUGUUUGGCGCUUGGAGUCGCUGGACAAGGACGAAAAGAUCUAUGGCAUGGGCCAGUACCAGCAGCCCUACCUCGACCUCAAGGGCCUCGACCUCGAACUUGCACACCGAAACUCGCAAGCCAGUGUGCCUUUUGCCGUCUCCUCCUUGGGGUACGGUUUACUCUGGAACAAUCCUGGUAUUGGAAGAGCUGUCUUUGGCAAGAACAUCAUGUCGUUUGAGGCAUUGAGCUCCACCGUCUUGGAUUGCUGGCUUGUGGCUGGAGAGACACCUGCCGAAAUUGUUCAGGCAUACGCUGGAGUUACGGGCACUGUCCCUAUGAUGCCAGAAUAUGGUCUCGGCUUCUGGCAAUGUAAACUCCGCUACCAGACACAGGAAGAGCUACUCGGCGUUGCAAGAGAAUACAAAGCUCGCCAGUUGCCUAUCGACCUCAUUGUGAUCGAUUUCUUCCAUUGGCCCUUGCAAGGUGAAUGGAAGUUUGACCCUACCUACUGGCCAGACCCCGACGCCAUGGUCAAGGAGUUGAAGGAGAUGAACAUCGAACUGAUGGUUUCAAUCUGGCCUACCGUAGACCGAAGAUGCGAAAAUUACGAAGAGAUGGUGGAGAAAGGUCUCUUGAUCAGAUGCGACCGUGGUACAAGAAUCUCUCUCGACUUCGAGGGUAACACUGUACACUUCGAUGCCACCAACCCCGAGUCCAGAGCAUAUGUUUGGAACAAGGCCAAGCAAAACUACUUCUCGAAAGGAAUCAAGGCUUUCUGGCUGGACGAAGCCGAACCGGAGUAUUCUAUCUAUCAUUUCGACAACUGGAGAUAUUGGCAAGGUUCAAACGUCAGCAUCGGCAACAUCUACCCUCGCGAGUACGCUCGUGCCUUUUACGAGGGCCAGGAAGCCGAGGGUCAACAGAACAUUGUUAACCUUCUGCGAUGCGCAUGGGCUGGCAGCCAGAAAUAUGGUGCUCUAGUGUGGAGCGGCGACAUUGCCUCAUCUUGGUACAGUCUGAAGAAUCAAUUUGCUGCCGGACUCAACAUGGGUAUGGCAGGCAUCAGUUGGUGGACAACUGACAUUGGUGGUUUCCAUGGUGGUAACCCGGAUGACGAGGCCUUCCGUGAGCUGUUCACAAGAUGGUUUCAAUAUGGGGCCUUCUGCCCUGUAAUGCGCCUGCACGGAGACCGUGAACCUCAUCAACCUCAGCAUGGCACCACUGGUGGUGCAACAUGUCUGUCUGGAGCUCCGAACGAGGUCUGGUCAUACGGUCCUGAAGUCUAUGAGAUUUGCAAGAAAUACAUGAAGAUCAGAGAGGAUAUGAGGGAGUACACGCGAAGUCUCAUGAAGGAGGCCCAUGAGAAUGGCUCUCCAGUUAUCCGCCCCAUCUUUUAUGACUUUCCUCAGGAUAAGAAGGCGUGGUCAGUCGAAGACCAGCAGAUGUACGGACCCAAGUACCUGGUAUCGCCUAUUUUCAACCCCGGCCAACGCAAGCGAACAGUCUAUCUCNCUGCUGGUGCAACUUGGAAGGCUUCUGAGGGCAGCGAGGUUUAUGAGGGCGGUCGGGAGAUUGAGGUUGAUUGUCCCAUGGACAUGAUGCCUGUUUUCGUAAAGCAAUAG